ACUCGGUCUCCGUCAGGAAUCGCCAAGGCCAAGUGGUGAGAAUGACGCCGUGAAAUCCACGGCGCUGACAACAAAAGCUUCGCCCAUAAGUCUCUCUCCAAUGGUCGGUCGAGCGCCACUAAUCUCUUCUACUUCCGAUCCCCAAUCACUAAACUCCAUCGCUUCUCUCCUCGGUCCCUUUCCAUCACCUACCCACUCGUCUUUAGGUGUCUCUCGCUCGUCCGGUAUGCAUAAUCAUAGCCCGUCGCCCCUCCUGAACCGGACCGGGAGCUUCCGGGCCGACGCGCUGGGCCACACCGCCCUCCACCUCGUCGGCAACCUCUGCUUCGCCCUCUUCGUCGUCGGCGUGCUCGCCUUCAGCAUCAUUGCCGCCACCUACCGCCCAGACGACCCCCUCCUUCUCCCCUCCUCCCCCUCCGCGGCCUCCUCCAAGAUCACCGCCUUCCUCACCUCCUCCACCAACGCUACCUUCCGCCCCGAUGACGCCCCCCUCCGCACCGGUGAGGACUUCCUGAACGCCUCCUCGUCCUCCGCUUCCACCGAUGACCCCGCUGCCAUCCACCUCGCCGACCUCCCCGACUCCAACAGUUCUUCCGCCGCCGCGACGGCCGCCGGCGGGGACAGCACCGACUGUGACGAUGCCGCCCCCAUCAACUGCGCCGACCCGGAGGUCUUCCACCUAAUGAUGCGCGCCACCAUCGAGUCCUUCCGCGACGUCCACUUUUACCGCUUCGGCAAGCCGGUGCGCGGCGGCGACGGCGGCGGUUCCUGCGACAUGGCCUGGCGGUUCCGCCCCAAGGACGCCAAGCGCGCCGGCUUCUACAAGGACUACCGCCGGUUCGAGAUCACACGCUCACGCGGCUGCGUUUAUUCCAUCGUCAGGAUCGGCGACUACCACACCGGCGUCAAUGCCCGAAAGAAGAAGAAACCGAAAAAGGGCGCUAACGACGGCGCCGGCGAGUUCGCGAUAAAUAAGAUCCCUAUCUCAUCGCAGGCCGCGGUCCCGCUCGUCGUCCCCGUGGUUGGCGAGUCCGUGAACGACUCCCUUCCGGUGGUCGAGUCCGAGGGCAAGUUCAGCAGCAGCAGGUACCUGAUCUACUCUGGCGGGGGCGAUCGGUGCAAGAAUAUGAACCAUUACCUGUGGAGCUUCCUCUGCGCACUCGGCGAAGCCCAGUAUCUGAACCGGACUCUCGUCAUGGACCUCACCAUUUGCCUCUCGUCCAAGUACUCGUCCACGAAUCAGGACGAGGAGGGCAAGGAUUUCAGGUUCUACUUCGACUUCGAGCACUUGAGGGACUCCGCCUCGGUCCUCGACCAGCGCCAGUUCUGGAACGAUUGGGCGCUGUGGCAGAAGAAGGACAAGCUCAGCCUCCACCUCGUCGAGGACUUGAGGGUCACGCCCAUGAAGCUCGCCAAGGUGAAGGGCACCCUGAUCAUGCGCAAGUUCGGGGCCGUCGAGCCGGACAACUACUGGUACCGGGUCUGCGAAGGGGAGACGGAGUCGGUGAUCCAGCGGCCAUGGCACCUCAUCUGGAAAUCUCCCCGCUUGAUGGACAUAGUCUCCGGCAUUGCUUCGAGAUUGAAGUGGGAUUUCGACUCGGUCCACGUGGUGAGGGGGGAGAAGGCGAGCAACACCCAGCAGUGGCCUAAUUUGGCCGCGGACACUUCCCCGGAGGCCCUGCUGUCGACGCUCAGGGACAAGAUCGAAGACGGAAGGCACCUGUACAUCGCGACCAAUGAGCCCGACACCUCCUUGUUCGAUCCACUCAAGGACAAGUACUCCACUCAUUUUCUCGACGAUUUCAAAGACCUGUGGGGGGAGAAUAGCGAUUGGUACGAGGAAACAAAGAAGCUAAACAAUGGGAUUCCGGUGGAGUUCGACGGGUACAUGAGGGGAGAAGUGGACACGGAGGUGUUUCUGAGGGGCAAGAAGCAGCUGGAGACCUUUAACGAUCUCACCGGCGAUUGCAAAGAUGGGGUCAAUACUUGUCGCACAGCCUCUUGAAUGGCUUGCGGAUCAACUGGUAUGGUAGGAUUUUGAAGAGAUCUCCAAUUUUAGCUGAUUCAGGUUUGUGAGUUGCAGGUCAGUCAGUCAGUGGACAUUACAUCUCAUCACAGUAUGUUAGGUUCUGCCAUGAACGCUGUUUCUUUUCUUUUCUUUCUUUCAUCGCCUCAAAGUGUUGUGUAUCAGACAGAUCACAGCUUUCUUUCAGACUUACUUGGGUGCAUCAAGAUUAGUUGA